CUCUACCAAUCAUCAGCUUCCUAAGCUGGACUUUGCCAUCAACCAUUACGGCCAACCUGAUGUGGCCAUGUUUGACUUCACCUGUAUGUACGCCUCAGAGAACGCAGCGCUCGUCCGCCAGCGCAACGCCCAUAAGCUGCUAGUAGCCCUGGUGGGGGACAGUCUUCUAGAGCCGUUCUGGCCGAUGGGCACUGGAAUAGCAAGAGGUUUCUUGGCAGCCAUGGAUGCAGCGUGGAUGGUGCGGAGUUGGGCUCAUGGAAGCUCCCCUUUGGAAGUGCUGGCUGAACGGGAAAGUAUCUAUCGACUGCUGCCUCAGACGACACCAGAGAAUGUGAGCAAGAACUUUAGUCAGUACAGCGUGGACCCGACGACACGGUACCCCAACAUCAGCCUUCACCAAGUGAGACCCAACCAGGUACGGCAUCUGUUAGACACCGGAGAAACCAGGGAUUUGCGUGUCGACAUGGAGAAUGUGGUCAACUCUUCAACUCCUAAACUCACAAGAAAUGAAUCCAUUGUGCGCUCCAGUAAGCUGCUGAACUGGUGUCAAAGGCAGACGGAGAGAUACAGAGGUGUCAGCGUGUCUGAUCUCACCACGUGCUGGAAGAGCGGCCUGGCCCUGUGCGCGCUCAUCCACUGUUACAGACCAGACCUCAUUGACUUUGACUCGCUGGAUGAGAAAGAUGUGGAGAAGAACAACCAGUUGGCUUUUGACGUGGCCGAAAAAGAGUUUGGGAUUUCUCCCAUCAUGACCGGGAAGGAGAUGUCUGUUUUGGUGGAGCCUGACAAGCUCUCCAUGGUGAUGUACCUCAGCCAGUUCUACGAGAUGUUCAAGGACACUGUGCCACCUGGUGAAAACCACAAUCUGAGCCCUGAGGAGAAGGCUGCAUUGAUUGCCAGCACUAAAUCACCCAUCUCGUUCCUCAGUAAACUGGGUCAAAGCAUCGCCAUCUCCCGCAAACGAAACCCCAAGGAUAAAAAAGAAAAGGAACUGGAUGGACUGGGAAAAAGACGAAAGACCAGCCAGGCUGGACAGUCUGAGGAUGAAGAUCUGCAGAGGGUUAAUCGAGACGACAGGCCCUCUAUAGCUACAUCUCUGGCAGAACGUAAAAUUGACUCGGCUGCAGCAGUGAACAACAACAAUAAAGUGAAGGUGAUGGCCACACAGCUGCUAGCGAAGUUUGAGGAGAACGCCCCGACGCAGUCCACCGGACUCAAGCGACAGGGGGACUCCAUGCCCGAUCUGGGGCUCAUACUGACCCCCUCUCCGGCCGCUCCCUCUCUGAAAGAGUCAGUGCGGCUGGCUCCAGUCCCUGCAUGGAGGAAGUUUGAGAGGCGCACACAGUUACAGGAGCAGAUGAGUUUCCGCUAUAAGGAAAGACUGAAGUGUCAAACUCUCCCCAUCAAACAGGAGCAGGCCAGCAGCGGGACUGAGGUCUUGAGGAGCUGCCCUAAGAAAACCAUUCUCCUUUCUUCUUCCUCACCCUCAUCUUCCUCAUUCUCUUCAUCGUUUCUUCCACAUGCACAGCACUAUGUAAAGGUUUACACAGGGGGUGUGAGCUCACUGGCUGAGCAAAUAGCCAAUCAGCUUCAGGCUAAGGACGACCCCAGGCCCUUGCUUGAGAAAAGGGAUUUGGGUUCCUUGCGGAAGGAGUUCCCUCAGAAUAUCGGAGGCAGUGAUGUGUGUUUUUUCUGUCGGAAGCGCGUCUACGUGAUGGAGCGUCUCAGCGCAGAGGGAAAGUUUUUCCAUCGCAGCUGCUUCAAGUGUGACUACUGCGGCACCACCCUCCGCCUGUCCUCCUACGCCUUCGAUGUUGAGGACGGGAAGUUUUACUGUAAACCACACUACUGCUACCGACUUUCUGGUCUGGCACAGAGAAAGCGGCCUGCGCCUGCUGCUCCCGCUCCAGUAAAUGCAAAGGAGCCCCAGGUGUUGGCGGUAACCCCCAACACAGUGGAUGCCCCAGGCCAAGCCAUAACUUCUCAGGCCCCUGUGGAACGCCGGCCCUCAGUGACAGAGGUGAACGGGGUGACAGAGCCCAGUGUGGCCAAACGUCUUAAAGGGACUCCUGAAAGGAUCGAGCUGGAGAACUACCGUCUCUCUAUGAUGAGAGAGGAGGAGCUGCAGGAGGUGCCCGAGGAGACGCUGGCCGAGCACAACCUCAGCAGUGUGCUGGACAAAGCCACCGACAUUGAGGAGGGAUCCAGCAGCUCAGAGUCUGAUAUGGAGGAAGAGGAUGAAGAACCGGAAGCGGCCGGCCCGUCCGAUCUGGGUGGGGUUCCCUGGAAAGAGGCGGUGGAGCUCCACGCUAAACUAAAAGGAGAAAGCGACCCUGGCGCAGCAGAAGACGACGAUGGCCUUCAUGAUGGAGAUGGAGAGAUGGACGAGGAUGAAGAGGAGGAAGAUGAAGACGAGGAGGAGGAGGAGGAAGAAGAGGAAUCGAGUGAUGCGGGAGAGUAUUUCCCCUGGGACAGGGAACUUCAGUCAGGUCUUUGGUUGGAAAAUCUCGCAAAUGAAGAGGAUACGGGUGUAUUUAAAGCUAGGAACCUGCAAAUCCAGCAAGCCAUACAUCCAGUAGACCCUCUGGACAUCCAGAUGGACAACCACUGGACAUCUAAACAAGCUGAAGGGCUGGUUGAGGGCCCCUUGCUGUCACCCUUAGGUUCUCAGCCCUCACUGAACAACACCCAGCUCACACAGCCCACCUCCUCCACAGAGCGCUGUGAAGAGGAUGAUGACCCAGAAGCAGAAGCAGGCAGUCCUGACUUUGAGCCAGGCACUGAAAUAGAUCAAGAGGACAUUCCCUCAGACGCAGAGGCUGAAGCUCGCUCACAUUGCAUAGAUGAAGUGGUGAUGCUUCCAGUGGAUAAUGGCAAAGCAGAGAGUCAGGGACAUGUUUCUAACACUGAGAAAACAUCUGCAAAUCCAAGGGAAUUUCUUGUGGACGUUGUGCUGUCUCCAAUCCAAAAACCUGCUUUACCCAUUGAAGAGGUGAAAGACAUUUCUCCUGUAAUACUAGUUAAAUCUCCUGGUGCACGUUUUUUCCCUGAGCCCUAUCUAUUUGAUAAUGUCAAACCGAACAUUCCCCCGUCUCAGAGUCCUGAUGCUAAAAGUCCCCAUUCACCUGCUGCUCAAAUUGUUGCGCUAUCGCCCAUCUGCUCCCAACCUGUUCCACAACCACAAACAAAGUCUCUUAAAUCUCCUGUCCAGCCUGAGCCUUGUGCCUGCUCUCCAACAAGUAAUCCUUUGUCUCCAAUAUGUACCCAAUCACAACCCUGCAACGAGCCACCCUCACCCCUCUCCACAAGCUCCCCUGUCAGGACUCAGCCAGUCCCAGCUGUCACUUCCACUCCUUUGGCUAAACCUGCUUCUGAGAAGAGAACCAAUGAACCCUUGAAAGAUUCAGUGCCUGAGGAAACCCCCGUCAAGAAAACGGACCUCAUUGAGGAGUUCUGGUUGAAGAGUGCAGAGAUCCGAAAGAGUUUAGGACUCUCUCCUCUGGAUCGAAGCAAAGCAUCAGUGGAAACUCCAACGCCUGAAUCAUCAUCUCCAAAGUCUUACACCCCAGAGGACUUGUCUGAAGAGCAGAAGCCUACUUUCACAGGCCGUUCUAUCAUACGCAGGAUCAACAUUACCUUGGAGGGUCAGGUUAUAUCUCCGGUGGAACCUAAGAGUAAUGGUUCUGAGAAGAAGGACUUGAGCAGCAGUUCAGGGUUGGGUCUUAAUGGAAGCGUGACUACCAGUCAGACAGUAGCUAGUGACAGCUACAACAACUCUGAUUCUACCAUGCUUACCCCUCCUUCCAGUCCCCCACCACCUCCACCCAAUGAGGAGCCAGCUUCUUUCCAAAACAAAAGGCCUCAGGUGUCCUGGGACAACCUUCUUGAAGCCACAGAGGAGCCUAAACCUGAGACUACACCCCCUAAACCUAAGACUCCAGUUAGUCCUCCUCAACCAAAACCAGUUGUGGCUCCAGUUCCAGACCCUGGAACUAACCCUCCUGUUGUUAUGAGGGUAAAGGACCCGAAUAAACCACGCCGUGAAGAAGUGAGAAAGUCUUUUGUGGAGUGUGUAGACGAGAUACCAUUUGCUGACGACGUUGAAGACACAUACGAUGACCGCACUCCGGACACAAGUGGUCUGGAAAAAUUUUACACCCCGCCAACCAGCAAGGUCAACCGUGAGAAGCCGCCUUUACACCUGGCACUGGCAAUGGAAAAUGGCAAGCCCAACAUACCUGGUGGAGUUUCCCGGACAGCAAAGGGUCCCCAACAUUUUUCUCCUGAAGCCAAGGAGAUUGCAGAAGAGCGAAUGCGGGCACGGGAAAAGUCUGUGAAGAGCCAAGCUCUGAAAGACGCCAUGUCCAAGCAGCUUACUAAGAUGAAAGAAUCAGAUGCUGCCAAGGGUGCUGUGGCAAAAGUAGCCUGGAAUGUUCCUGAGACAACAGGGAAAAACAAAAAGCAAUCAAACACACCCAAGGACUCUGCAGUGAAGGCUUUGGAGUCCAAAAAGCAGACAGACACACUACCUGACCGUUUCUUCACCACAUCGACCAGUAAGACCUUGGACAGUUCCGUCACAUCUUCAGAAAGCUCAACAGGGGGCAAAAGCAAGAAGCGCAGCUCACUGUUUUCUCCACGCAAGAACAAAAAAGAAAAGAAAGCCAAAAAUGAAAGGCUCUCUGGCACAGAAGAGACUCCACCCAAACACAAGUCCCUGUGGAAGGCGGUGUUCUCUGGCUACAAGAAGGACAAAAAGAAAAAAGACGACAAGUCAUGCCCAAGCACACCCUCCAGCUCUACAACUGAAGACUCAGGGAAGAAGAAAGAAUCACCACUGGACAGGUCCUCAGAUUUACGUCUGAGGAGAAAUCUCAGCUUUUCUGAGGACUCUGAUCUCUCUUUUGAUGAUGUACUGGAAAGAUCCUCUCAGAAGUCCAAGGGUGAUCGCCAUGUGGACCUGUUUGACUUGGUAUCAGAUUUGAAUAAAGAGGCAUUUAAAGAGGAGAAAUCCAAAGAGAAGGAUAAGGACAGGGCAAAGGAAAAAGGAAAAAGAGUAACAGAGAAGGGCAAGGAAAGGUCAAAAGAGAGGGAGAAUGAAAGAAGAGUCAAAGAAAAGAUUGUGAAAAUGAAGGAUGUGGAACAGGAGAAAGGAAAAGAGGAAGAGUCUGUUUAUGUACCUCAUGCAUUGGCGUUCAAGAGAUCGUAUGCCACAAAGAAAACAUACACGGAGGAGGAACUCAAUGCCAAGUUAACAAGAAGAGUACAGAAAGCUGCACGGAGGCAGGCCAAGCAAGAGGAGCUCAAGAGACUCCACAGAGCCCAGAUCAUCCAGAGGCAGCUGGAGCAGGUGGAAGAGAAACAGAGGCAGUUAGAGGAGAGAGGUGUCGCUGUGGAAAAGGCGUUGCGAGGGGAAGCAGACUAUUGGGGAGAGUCUAAUUACAGUGAGAUCCUGGAUUUGCAUCUGGGCGGAAUGGGUAAAAAGGACGAUCCAAAGCUGAUGCAGGAAUGGUUUAAACUGGUGCAGGAGAAGAAUGCCUUGGUGCGCUAUGAAUCGGAGCUGAUGAUAUUUGCUCGUGAGCUGGAGUUGGAGGACAGACAGAGUCGACUGCAGCAGGAACUGCGAGAACGCAUGGCAGUGGAUGACCAUCUGAAGACCGAGGAGGAACUUGCAGAGGAGAAACAGAUUCUGAAUGAAAUGUUAGAGGUAGUCGAGCAAAGAGAUUCUCUGGUGGCCCUGCUGGAGGAGCAGAGACUCAGGGAGAAAGAAGAGGAUAAAGACCUGGAGUCGGUGAUGCUCUCUAAGGGUUUCAACCUCAACUGGGCUUAGCAUAACAAUGGCGAAACGGUUCUGACCGCCAGCGAUUCCGUUUCACCGCAGGGAGUGUAAAAAAUUGCAGAAAGAACCGGUCUGUCUCUCCCCUCGUUUUAUUGGGCAUGUCAAGAACGUUUACAAAUCCACUCAUGAGCACGAUGAUGAUGUUUACGAGUACGACUCGGGGCGUUUUGUCCCUCGGCAGCCAAGGCAUUGGGUUUUUUUUUUGGUCUUGAAAAGGGACAUAUCAAUCCUGCUGAUGUUGAGGAAGUCUGAGACUAAUGAUCUUACUAAAAGCCCGUCUUGUUUUUCAGAGAAUGUCUGGUCAAACAGCUGUUACGUUUUCAUGGACAAAAUGUGUUUGGAUAAACGUAUAAGCAUCAUACCUCCAAGCAACAAAUGGAUGAAGUCUUUAUAGGUGUGGUUCACAGAUAAGCAUGUGACAGACUUCUGUAAUUGUCACAGACAUCCUCAGCGACCGACACGUUGUGUUUGUAGCAUCGACAAUUGCACAAUUUUCAAAUCUGUCAGUAGCCACCUGAUAUUAGAGAUAUUGGUGUAUGCAGGGAGCGCAACGAUCUCGAUGUUACGUACUUCACUGAUGUUGGUUUCCAUUUGUCUCGAGUGGCGUUAGCGGACAUAUAUACUAAAAUCAGUUUACAAUCAUUUAUAAUCCAUGAAUAUCUGAUACUUGUAUUAUAGUUUACAUAAAGCAGUGGAGUAUAUAUUAGUAUGUAAACUUCCUCAAUGCAGAUAGUUCAUAAGAUUAUCUAUAUACACACAAUAUGCAUUGAUAUACAAUCAAAUGCAUUAUGCAUUUGUUGGUUGGUCAGUGGUUUCAUGAACAGUUAAGGCACCCACUGCUUUUCUGACUUUAUUUAGUAUCAAAUCAGAUGAAGAAUUGGUGCCCAUUUUCACAUUUAAUUAUCUGCCACCAUGGUUUGGUGUCAUAUUCCACUUUCUCCAGGUUUAGAGCAACAUGCCUUUUUUAACUUCUCAUGCAACAGCUUUUCACAUCCACAGAGUUUUCUUAUGUUUGCAGAGUGUGUUAUUUAUAAUUGUCUUUGUAAAGUUUUAUACCACAUGAAAACGUUCCAGCACUGUCGACAGACACCGGUGCUGAUUAACAGCGGGAGAACGUAGUCAUGCUCGCAACAUCGAUAUUGCAAGUGAACAUGCCUUUUUCCUAAGUGUACAUUUCAUUUUAGUCACCGUUAUGCUGUAUAGAUGGGCACAUAUUUUUUUUCUUUUACUGUAAGUACAGAUAACUGUGAAUAAAAACGUACACUUGGUCAAAGAGUUAUUUAGACUAAAAUGUUUGACCGAUUUUAUGGUAUUUAUUAACGUGUGAAAAAAUGUAUUAUAUGUAAAGUAAAUGAAUCCUAAUUUUAAAAAAUAUG